AUGGCAGACAAUAUGUACUAUCUCCAGCCCAUGAUAUUUGGCGUGGUGCUAGCGAUGUUGUCCGUACGGAGGCUGGGGCGUCGUGGGGAGAUGUUGCUGUCGCAGGGGAUGACGGGGCUGUCUUUGGGGGCACUUGCGGUCUACGUGCACCUCUUCCCUACAGCCGGGGCCUUCUACCCUCCACUUGGAGGCUACCGAAACAGUUCUUCCCUCACUCUCGAGGGCAAUAUUACUGAAUCAGAAGUCCUCACAAGAGCCUCACAGGCACUAGAAGACAGGGAGGCCCCAGCCCACGGCUGGGUGCCUCUCUUGUGCCUCACGUUCGCCCAGAUGUCCUGCAGCUUUGGCCUCCAGAACAUCCCCAAUAUUCUCUCAUCAGAAUAUUUCCCCACGGCCAUCAGACGGCAGACUAGUUUUAUUCAAGCGUCCAGCAACUGUUUUAUGAUGGCGGCAGCGAUGCGGGUGAUACAGCUGCAGCUCUACUCCCCCAUGAGGGCAACCCUCACCCACCUCGGUCUGCUGGUGCUCUGCAGCGCCUCCUGCCUCCUCUCGCUGCCUCUUAGCUUCUUCUGCAUCAGGGAGUCGCUAGGCCAGAACAUCGGCUGA